AUGGCUGUGCUCACACUCCAUCUUGACAAAACGGAGACAUCAUCCCAUAUUCUCUUCAUUUCUAGGCCUGCUCCUACAUUAUCAUGGACACGAACAAAUGGACUAAGUCUUCCUGAGGGUUCCUACCUGAAUGAACGUAGCCAAGAGCUUGUCAUACCAGAUAUACAGAUAACAGAUGCUGGAACGUACCGCUGUUCAGCUUCGAAUACCGUACAGAGCGGUCUCAGUAAUGAAGGCCGUGUUGUUGUUAAAUCUCGGCCAGAGUGGGUAAAUGAGAUCGAGGACCAGAAUGGCGAUAUCAAUGGCGAGGUAACCUGGAAUUGUGAAGCGGAAUCCACCGAAACCAUCACAUACACAUGGUAUCGUAAUGGCGUUGAGGUCAUAGGAACCGCUAAGUAUGUGAUAGGUAAUGGUCUCAAAACCCUCACAGUCAUGGACCUCCAGGAAGAUGAUGACGCCAUGUUCCAGUGCAAAGCUGAGAAUGAGUUUGGACUAAUAUUGUCAACAGCUCAGUUGAAUGUCAGGGGUAAGUUCAUUGGUUAUUUUUAACAUCUGGGUUAUUAUUGGU